UAAAUAGAACAAGGCUGUUCUGUUUAAUAGUCAUUGGUGAAAACUUGGUCUCCAACAUUUUAAGUGAUCUGCCUGCGUGGCCUGUUACCAGUCUCCUCAAAAAUCCGUAAUACAAGAGCCAGGCAAGAUGGACAUCUCAUCUGACCUGAUACGGCUUUCUUACGCAAUUUGUGCUUAUAAUGGCACUAAGAAGUUCUGGGAUUUUAUGAGGACACAUGACAGUGUGUCAAUCCUGAUCUUUAAUACUUCUCGGCAGUGCUUUGUUGUGGUGAAGCAGUUCCGCCCAGCUGUUUACAUGUGUGAAGUAGAAAGGCAUCAUCCUCAAGUCUUUCAACAUCAGGCCAAGGAGAACUUCUCCUGUCUAGAGGAUCCCUUACCUGCUGUGGUAGGAGUGACCUAUGAACUUUGUGCUGGCAUUGUAGACAAACCAGACCUUUCUUUAGAAGAAAUUGCAUGUGAGGAAGUCUUAGAAGAGUGUGGCUAUCGUGUUCCUGUUACAGACCUAAGGAGGAUCACUUCUUACAGGUCUGGAGUUGGUGUGACAGGCUCUAGGCAGACGUUAUUUUAUGCAGAAGUAACAGACCAGAUGAGAGCUGGUAAAGGAGGUGGCCAGCCUGAAGAAGGAGAGCUGAUUGAAGUUGUAGAAAUACCUCUAGAAGAUUCCAUGAAGUUUGCUUAUGAUGAGACUCUCCCAAAGACGAUGGGUGUCAUCUUCAGCUUCAUGUGGUUCCAAAACAACAUAGCACCCAAGCUACUAAAAAAAUAAAAUCAAAACACCAUGCUUUUAAGAAAAGCUUUCCUGCUGUUUCUGUGGAUACAGAAAACUGCCUGGAUUGAUCAACUUACCGCAGAGCAAAUCUUUCUUGAAAUAAAUUUGGAAGUAAAUUCUGAAUUAAAAUCCUGACCCAGUUUCCAUCAUUAGCAAAACACUUGCUGGCUUCACUGGGGCCAGGAUUUGCCUCCGAGAAGCAAAUGUUGAGUUUCGCACAAAGGCUAAGUAAAUGUCCAGUUCUCCUUUUUCAUGGCACUGCUCUACCACUGUUUUGAAGAGUUGCUCAGGACCUCAGUGCAGCUGCUACGCCAGCCUGUCACUGUGGUCUCUAUGUAAUGGCAGCUGUGUAUUCACUGCAGUUUCUGAUAUUUGGCGGGGGGGAGGCAGCAAACCUUACUAGUCACAGAUAUCCUGAGUACGUUCCUGAGUUCUGCACAGCCUUCAGGGAGCAGCUUUCUCUGUGGUGUGUAGCUCCUGUACAGAGAAAACAUUGGCAUUUCUGAACAUGCAGACCUUUAUUUCAUAAGCAAACAUGUCUGCAAAUCCUUCUGCUAAUGUGUCAUUUUGACAAUAGACCAGCUGUAAGAUUAUGUGCUUCUGUUUGUUCCCACUAUAAUGCUGAGCAGCACUGAUGGAGGGAUGAAUGAUGGGGGCUUCUACUGGAACACAUGCUGCUUUGUUUGUUUUUUGGGUAAUACUUGGUUAAUUGGAUCAAACUUUGUCCUCUAGAGCGGGACUCGAGAGGCCAAAUUCUUUUAAUUUGACUCUGAGGUGACUAAUACACGUGAGAUGUUCUGUGGUCUCAGUUUCCUUGUCGCCCAAAUGGGAAGAAUGGGACUUGCCCCUCAGAUAACGCUCCUUGAAAUCGAAUGAUCUGAAGUGCUUUAUUGAGAGAUUUUAUCAUCAUUUGAGCAGUUUACAUUGAAGCCCGUGCAACCUGCACAGACGUACGCAGCAACACAAUUAGAUUUAAUAAAGUGGUCUAAUUAGGAUGUAUAUUACUUAUUCUAUCAGCGUAGUUUAAAUGUGGACUAUUUGUCAUGUGAAACUGUUAAGAGCAUGAAUGAAAGAGAAUCAAGUCUGGCAAUUUAAUUAUGCACUGGUUUAUGUUAUUCACUGAGUUAAUGUUAAUUAACAUGACGACAUUAUAUGUGCUUCUAGGAUUACUGAGGUACUAAGUAUGUUUAGAAGAUGAGUACUGCGAAUAUGCAAACUUUCAAAUAGCAACUGGAAUAAAUGCAGUACAGAUGCAUGAUGGUAUCCAGUGGCUGAUUUAAAAUCACUGCAUAUCUAAACGGGUGUAUAAAUAAAUACUUUUUUAAAAAAAUGCUUUUAGAACUGGUACUUGCUGGUUCUUCUACUGACAGGGAGGAAAGAUCCUUGGAAAGCCACUGGAGAAAGAGCAGCCUUCGUCUGUGCGAGUCAGACACCUUUUGUGAAAGUUCAGACACAUUUGCGUUGAACUGUGCCUGGUCUGUGGUGAGUCAAGGGCUGAGUUAAUCGUGAAAAGUAAAUAAAUUCAGUCUGUCUGAUGUAUUUACAUUGGAAGGUGUUUUAGGGCGGGGUCUCUGCUGCUCUGCGUCUUGACGGUGUCGAGUACAAUGUGUCCUGCUUGCUGCUGAGGCCUUUACGAACUACUACAAUAUGUAUAAUAAAUAAUGUCUUUUAUUCCAGGCUGUAGUUACCAAAAUAUCUAUUUGAUUCUGUCAAAAUUAUUACACAGCAGCUUGUUGAUCUGUUUAGUGUCAAGCUAAUAAGUGUGUGCAUAUGCAUGUCAAAAGCCGCCUUG